GCCUCCUCCACAAAUACAUCUCAGCGCUGAUGUUGAAAUUUCAUUCUGUGUCUGAUGGUCAUUAUGUUCAACCGAGACCAAGCAGCUCUGCUCGCCGUUCGACUAUAUGUUAUGUGUCAGGUCUUUGCAGAGAUUCUUUCAGGCACAGUUGAGCACAGGAACAUGCUGGUGUCCAGGGGAGACCCCGUCAUCCUCACUUGCAACAUAUCAACGACAAAUGCAACACAAAUCACCUGGACCAAAGGCAGAUUUGUUUUUUCUUAUGUAGUCUUCCUCAAUUUGACUUUUUCAAAUUUCACCUUUCACAAUAUAGACGUAAACCUACCUACAAAGCUGAAUAUUUCUAAUGUUCAGUAUGAUGAUACAGGACUAUAUAAAUGUGAUAUUUCUGACAAAAGAGGUUCCUGGACUAUCAAGUGGAAUUUAACGGUGUCUAGGGAACCUGAAGAAAUCAGUCCAUUGUGGUCUUUUCUACACAUACUCACAGCUGUAACUGGAUUACUAUGUGUCUUCACUUCAGCUGUCUGCCUCUACAGAAAACUCAGGGCCAGGACACCAAACCAGAACCCAGUCCAGGAGCAGUUGGAUCUUCAGUCAGAAGAGGUGGGUCUCCCUCAGCCGCAGGGUGUCACAGACGGUAGAUCUUUCAUGGGCAGGAGUCAGUACAUGGAGAGGCUCAAUUCAAUCUACGGUCUCUAGUCAGCUGACAAGGCAUUUAAAUGAAAAAUACAACAUUUGCGAGAUGGAUAUUAUUUUCAGGAGUUAUGACGCUGCGUUGAAGCGAGGUGCUGCCCCGCCUCUGUCCCCGUGGUCAGAGCCAGAGACGGAACGGACAACAUCUGUGUCCCAACCAUGGACAGUAAAAGAAAGUCCCAUCAGGUGACGUCAGCGCGGACAGCAGUGUGUCCGAGCGGCUGACAGAUAGAAACAUGUCGGGAAGUAACGCUGAGGCUUGUUACACAUACUAUCGUAUAUAUAAUAUCAUUGCAUUUUAUCAGCCGUGGAGAGGAACUGUGUCUGUAGUGGAAUGGCUUCGAAAGACGACCGUGUCUUUUACUGAGACCGUUUGAUCAACGUGUUGCAGUUUUACAACUUGGAAAAUGAGCAACUUAAGCUCGACAAACAUGUUUUGCAUCUAGCGUCCCACAUUUGUCUAGGUAAGCUAGCAAGAGUACACAGCAGACAACUUCCGUGUAGGUUGCUUCAAAAUAAAAGCACUUUCUGUGACGUUCGCAGUAAAACUAAGUUCCUGUUAAAUAAGGUUAUGUACCUUUUCACAUAUCAGCUGUAAAUCAAGUACUGUAAAUCAUUUAAAUAGUGAGUUUUAAUCACACUACAAUUGACCGUUUCCUUUAGACUACCUUAGUUUUAAACUGAACAACUUUAAUUUUUUAUUCAAGUACUUUACAAACAUUUUACAACAAUUCUGUACUUCAAUACAACUGUAAGGUAGUUUUAAUUGAGUAUUUUCAUUUUCACCUACUUGCCUAUUCUACGUUUUAAUUAUCUAUUUGUAUAGCUUUGCUUUACAUAUUCAUACACAUUUUACAAAUUAUUAUAAAUUAAAUAUGAUGUAUUAAAGUGGAUAAAGAGGAGAUUUUAUUGAUCCAGUAGGGAAAUUCACAGGCUAGCUGCCGAGACAAACUCCCGGUGUUAUUUUGGUGAAAGUAACUCAAAAGCAAUGCAAAAGUAGUGUAACACAUUACAAUUUAGAGACAGUAAUAUUGUAAUACAACUAGUUACUCAAAAAUGACAGUAACUAGAAAUCUAUAUUACAUUUUGGAACUAACUUGCCCAACACUGUUUAUGAGUUGUAUGCUGUGUUGAAUGUUUUCAUGUCUGUCAAUGUCAAUGUUUGCUGUAAUGAGAACAAAGGAAUCUCAACU